GACAGGCUGAGCCCGAUGGAGGAGCGUGCUCUUGAGCUCGAGGCGCGGGCCGACUUGCCCGAGAUGGUAGAGGAGGAGAUUGCUGCCAUCAAGGACAUGCAGAAGACCGUUGCCAAGAACAUGACUUGGGUGAGUGCCAACAAGACCGAGGCUGCAGCCGAGAAGUUGGCAGAAUUCGAGUCGUGGUGGGCCAAGAAGCAGGAGCAGCAGAAGGG